GUAACUCACCACCAGCACAAGCGGCGUGCGCCCAUUCAAAGAAGCUGCUUCCUGGGCCUUGAAACGAAGCCCGAGCUGCUAUGGGAGGACUGGGAUGAAGGCGGAGAAUUCACCAAGUCGCUAACAUUAAAGAACAUCGGCCUCAAGCUCCAGAAACUUCAGUUAAGACCUCCGGUGACCAAAUUCUUCAGCAUCUCCAGUUCCCGCAACGUCGCCGUGAGCCCAGGGACGACUUUGUCCAUACCGGUCACUUUUAAACCUGAAGAGAAGUGCAAGUACGAGGACAGCAUCGAGUUUCACGGCAAAGAUGGCAGCUUCCAAGUAUCGCUUCAGGCUGUGGUUCCCUCUCCAGCCCUCGAAGUUCCCGACACUGUGCUCCUUCCACUCUGUGCAGUGCAUCAAGCCGCUUCUGCUCCUUUUCUGCUGAAGAAUCUCAGCAAACUGCACACGUACUUCCACUGGGAGUGUCCGGAACCUUUUCAAGUGAGUCCGGAGGAAGGCGUGCUGAAGCCCAGCCAGGAGAUUCAGCUCAUGGUUGUGUUCCAGCCACAGCAGGCGCUCUUGUACAACAAACUGGCUGCUUGCCGUUUCGGGGAGGAAGGGGAAAAAGCCGACUGCUGCGUCGCCGUGCGUCUUCAGGGAGUGGCCAAGUACCCGUGUCUUCAGUUGAGAAGCCCGAGUUCGAAAGCUGAGCAACAACAUGGCGGUCCCGUGCUAAACUUUGGUUCUGUCGCAGUCGGACAAAGUGUGCAGAAAUGUUUUGACAUCUGUAAUCCCUCGCAUGUCACUGCGUUUUUUUCCCUUGCCCGACUUUCUGGAGGGGUUCCCCUGUUGGGGUCCCAAUUCGUCUGUGAAGUCAGCAGCAAUCGGGUCGCUCCGGGUGGAAGCAUGACGGCUAAAGUCACCUUUGUGCCAACUGUUGCCGAUUCGGUCUCUGUGGAGUAUGUGACGGUAGAAUGCAAAGGGGCACUCAACCAAACGGUGCUCAAGCUCAUUGGAAACUCGACGGGCCCCAAGCUGUCUUUUUCUUCAUCCGUGGUUGACUUUGGCUGCAUUGAACUGGGAACCACAGCGUCGCAGACCAUCGAGAUGAUUAAUUCUUCGUGCGUUCAGGCGACUUACCAAUGGGACCUCGACUGUGCCGGACACAGCGUGUUCAGCAUCCAACCGCAAAGCGGCACCUUAGCCGCCAAGAGCUGUUUAACGCUGACCGUCUGCUACCUCCCCACAGUGCCUUUUGCCCAUCACAGAAGCGUGCCGUGUUUUGUACUGCACGGGGCGCCGUUGUUCCUUGACCUGAUCGGUACGUGUCACUCUGAUCUGGAGAAACCAGCUGUACUGACACCAGAACAUUUAGCCGACAGUACAGAGGAUCGCUCGGACAUCGUUAGCGUCUUGCUGCCAAGCAAUAGCACGCAGCUGGAUCCGCAAGCAUUCUGCUUAUCUGCGGAUGAGAAAGUGAGCCGACAAUCAGAUAAUAUCUCCAUCGCCCGGUCGAUGACUCCCAAGGAAGACGCCGACCGGCCCGGCUCGGCAGAGGCGGAUUCAUCCGCUUUGUCCUCACCGUCCACACGCGUAUCGGCGGUGCCCAGCGAGCUGCUGUUCAAUCACAUCACGUCCCCCUGGCCCAGGUCGACUUCAUCCGCGGCUUCUCAGGGGGUGGCCAUCACCAACAACUCCGCUGUGAAAGUCACGCUGAUGUGGACCAACGCCCCGGACUCUCCCUUCUCUGUCUCUCCCGCCACACGUGAGCUGUCGCCACUGAAGUGCACCUCAUUCAGAGUGACUUACAGUCCGAAGGAAGUGAACACGUUUCACGCAGCUCAACUGGAGUGCCUCGCUUUGCAACAAAGUCCGUCUUGGAAGAACGAGGAACAGAUAAGUCCCCCCUGGUGCGUCAUCGUCCGAGUCAUUGGACACUCCUUUGAGCGUGGCAAAGAGCACUUCUACCCACACUUCUCUCUUGAGCCAAAUAAAGUGGUAUUCACAGGCCUUGACGUUCGAUCCUAUCAGACCUUGCUCCUCCGCAACGAUUGCGAGCGGCCACUCACCUUCUGUCGCAACCUCAACGAGAGCUUCGACCCCUCCUUGGAAGCGUCAGUGUCAGUGGUGCCGAGGUGCGGCUUGAUCCCACCUGGGGCCCACCAAAUCCUCACCGUCAUAACUACUCCCAAAGAAGACUCUCCCACCGAGGGAAUCGAGCUGCGCCUCCAGUUCAAUUGCAGCAAAUACACAAAGGAAAUUACAGUUUUCAGCAUACUGGAAAAGAUGAAUGUGUCACUGAGCGGAGGGGGCACUUUAUAUUUCCAAGAUACGUCCGUGGGCUCCCCGACCCACCAGACUCACAUCAUCAGAAACAUCUGCCACAUUCCUCUGGGCUUCCAAUGGAACAUCCAUUACUCCGACCAGCAUCUCAUCUCUGUUCAACCGGAAGCCGGUGAACUACAAGCCAACGAGUUUGCGCAGCAGAAAUGGUCCUUUAAUCCAAAGGAAGAGAAAACAUAUGUCCUUGAACCUGUUCUCAUCGUUUGGCCAAUUCAAAACCCCAAUUAUAACAAGUCCAUCCUUACCCUCAAAGUCAUGGGAAAAGGCGCCAAAGGCUUCAUACAGGCGAUUAAAGAAGUCUUGGAAAUGGGAGAUACGAUGGUUGGACGUGCUCAGGCAAUUGAUGUUCCCCUGGUGAACAACAGUACCUGCUCAAUCUCCUUCAGUGUUUCCAUUGAGCAGACGCUACAAGAUGAGCAACUCCAUCCGGACCUUCAACCUGCAGCCAUUGCCCUGCAACUUGACUGUGAAGGGGGAACUGUGGCCUCGCACUCUACCUUUAUGCUCCGAGCCACAUUCCGGCCAGAUCGUCAAGCCCACUACAGGUGGACCAUCAGCUACCAGACACUGAGUUGCAGCGGCGUGCUGUUGUGCCCUUCGCAAGUGGUGUGCGAAGUGCGCGGCAAGGGCGUGUUCCCCACCAUGCAGGUGAGCGACGUGUGCAGCGGCGGCGGCGCGGCUUGGCUCAGCAAGUCAUACGUGUGGGAACUCCUCUCGGUGGACUGCCUCAACACGCAGCUGCUCUCCAUCCCCUCCCCUGUGGAGCACACGUACAGAAGCCCCAGAAGCCACAGACUGGGCAAGUACCCGGCCAUCUUGAUCAAAGCCAUGCUGGAUGUUAACUUCAGUGCGGCUCCCCUGAAUUCUGAACCCUCGACGUUUGCGUUGGUCUUCUACAACCCUGGCAGCAUCCCCGUCGAGUGGACAUUCUUGUUUCCAGACGACCAACAGGUAGAAUUCAAGCACUGGAGUCAGCGAGAAGAGUUAUGUCACAACGAGCUCGAGCAGAUGCAGGUUGUGGAGCUUUUCAGCGUUUCUCCACUGUCCGGAACUAUGCUUUCUGGACAGCAGAAAGCAGUACAGUUCAGCUACAGGUCAGACAUGAUCACAGAGGGCAGGGAGAGUAAUGUCAAACAUUUUUGUACCGAUUUACUGAAUUGCUUCCUCUUGAAAUUUAGGACAUUCUUGUUUCCAGACGACCAACAGGUAGAAUUCAAGCACUGGAGUCAGCGAGAAGAGUUAUGUCACAACGAGCUCGAGCAGAUGCAGGUUGUGGAGCUUUUCAGCGUUUCUCCACUGUCCGGAACUAUGCUUUCUGGACAGCAGAAAGCAGUACAGUUCAGCUACAGCCACGUCGUUGCUGGGACGCAUCAGUUGCCAAUCAUAUUGAAAAUCUCACACGGCAGAGAGAUCUUGCUGAACUUCCAAGGGGUGACAGUGGAGCAAGACAGACCGCAUCUGUACUUUUUAUCCACACAUCACGUUUUCACCCCUAUCAUGAUCGGCGGUUUGACCCCUCCGAUGCAGACGUACGACCUUUACAACGGCGGCGAUGUUCCUGUGCGUUACGAAGUGGACGCCGGUGUGCUGUCGCAGCUCCAGGAGAACAACUUUAAUCAGCCGCUGCUGUGUUGCCUCAACCCGGAGGGAGUCGUCCUACCGGGGAAGAUGGCCAAGCUGGAGUUCAUUUUCUCUCCGCUGGAGGCCAAGAUGUACACCAUGGACAUUCCUAUUCACGUCCGACAUGGAGAAACUACUGUGGUGAGGUUCGAUGGCUGCGGCCUAGAUACGCAAAGAGAUGUGUUCCCAAGCAGUGAGACCAAACCUGCACCCCCCGUACGGAAGAUUCCCCUCCCCGGGCAGAGUGGGUUUCUUUCCACGGACAGCAUCUCUCUGGGUGAGAUCCCGGUGUGCUCGCACUCUUCCAGAGUCUUCUUCCUCACCAACGUGUCCUUAAAGGAAAUCUUCUACAAAUGGUGUUUGACUCAGGUGAUCCGGAUCCAGCCUAAACAAGGCCUCCUCCGUCCGGGCGAGAGCAUCAUUUGUGUGAUGACCUUCAUGGCAACCGACUUCCCCAUGAUUUAUCAUCUCGACAUCAUAUGUCAGCUGACUGAGCAGGCCGCACUGGCGCAAUAUUCUGAUUCUCUGCGGCGUUGGGAGCAGGAACGAGAACAGCAGCAAAAUGAAUUCACCAUCACGGAGCGGGACCUUGCGGAAAACCGCAAGGUUCUGGUCGCUCAGCGCUGUGCGGCUGCCGCUCAAGCUAAAGAGCCGCCCCCGGGCAAACAUAAGGUGACUCUACCACCUAUUUGUAGCCGGGUAGCACGAGCCGAGCAGCGGGCUCAGUCUGAAGCAGUAAAAGUGUGGAAACGCCCGACAGCGCCUCAGCCUACGCUGCUUCAUGUGGAGGUGACGGCGCGCUCCUAUCAGUCGCAGGAAUAUCGCCGAUAUUUUCCCAACCGCUUCAAUAAUCGCUUCAGGUGUUUCCAAACGAUCAAACCUUUGAGGCCUAAAAUAUUGUCGGACACGCUACUUCAAGAGGGGCGCCCAUUGCAGACGCUGGGGCCUGAGCGACACUUCCUCGAGCAUGUCAUCACGUCUCUGAUCAGGAGCAUAUUGGAUGACGUCGCCUUUUCCCAGUCUCUGCUUACUUUGGCAUCCAAGCCCCUUUUCUACAAGCCGAAAGUCAUCUUCUCCACUCCGUCGCCGAUCCCCCAACCGCUUAUCGGGUUGGACGAGACCAAUCCCGAUCUUCACGUUCGCUCUGACAGCUCGGGAACAGCGGGAGGCUCCGGGAUGAGGCCGAAAAUGGCGCCGCGCCCUGAACACAUACCGGUAGGCGUGUUCAACGAUAUAUUACUCAACACCCUCCAGAACGUGAUGAUGGAGGCAGCCAGAGGAGAUCUGGACCUCAUCGAGCAUCACAGAGUGUCCUCGCCAAAUGUCUCUAUCAGAUCCAGGAGGUACCCCACUGCCAAAGGCAAGAAGGAUGACAAGGAGACACCCCAAAACAAACCAACACAUGCCGAGCUAUCAUCAGAACAUCAUACAGACACAAGUUAAAUAUGAUAUCUGUAUAAUGCCAUCUCAUAUUCGACUUCUUUCAUCGAGCGUUUCACCUAACAUGCACUCAAUGUACCCAAGCUCUAACAUGGUAAGCACUAACUCCUUUCCAUAAAUUGUAAAAUGCAUUUAGGUUUGUUGAUAUACAUAUUUCAGUCAUAUAAUGUAUUAAAACUGCUCAAGAGAGACAGUUGAGGUUGAUUUUUAAAUGGGGAAAAUAACAAAGCACACAUUUCAUGAUCUGCAUAUUUAAAUUGUAAUCAUUGUACAUGUCGUAAAUA